UGUUUGGCAGACACUAAAACAUCACAUGAACCCAAACCCAAACCCACCCACAUUUUUUUCUACUUGAAUCGGAUGGUCAUGGCCCUUCCUAAUCUCGGCUCCUUCUCCAACCCAACAGCCACCGCUUCUGCCGCCGCAACGCCGUCCACAUCCAACCCGUUGUCUCCUUCCGAUGACCUGUCAAAGAAAAUUCGAAAACCCUACACUAUUACCAAGUCGCGAGAAAGCUGGACCGAACCCGAGCAUGAUAAGUUCCUCGAAGCUCUUCAGCUCUUUGACCGUGACUGGAAAAAGAUUGAAGCAUUUGUCGGAUCAAAAACUGUUAUUCAGAUACGUAGCCAUGCUCAGAAAUAUUUUCUGAAAGUCCAGAAAAGUGGAACGACUGAACAUCUUCCUCCUCCUCGGCCAAAAAGAAAAGCUGCGCAUCCCUAUCCACAGAAAGCCACAAAAAGUGCUCCAGCUGUCUCACCGGUGCCUACAUCUUUUCAAGCUUCCCUUCCGUUACCGGAACCUGGAAUUGUAAAAAGGCCUGAUUCUUCUUUGUUGCCUUGCAAUCCAGCUACUGUUAUGUCUGUGCCGUCAUGGACUGACAACUCUGUGCCACCAGUUAGUUCGUCGCAAAUGAAGAAAGAUAACGUGAGAGAAACAGGUCAGCCAGUCACCAAUAACCGUUGCUGCAGUAGUAAUGAAAGCACUCCAAGAUCAAAAUCAACAGUUAGGGUGAUGGAGCGGACCCAAGUACCCUCAAUGAGAGUUUUGCCAGACUUUGCUCAAGUAUACAAUUUCAUCGGCAGUGUAUUUGACCCUGCUGUAACUGGACACUUGCAGAAAUUGAAAAAAAUGGACCGGAUUGAUGUCGAGACGGUGUUAUUGCUGAUGAGAAACCUCUCUAUCAACCUUACGAGCCCUGAUUUUGAGCAUCAUAGGCAGCUGCUUUCAUCGUAUGAUAUAGAAAUGGAGAAGCAGUGAAAAUAAAAUCAAUGACAACCAACUUCAAAGUGAUGUUCAGUUCGGGUACUGCAUACAAUGGUUUUUGCAUACCGUUCCCAUUAUUCUUUGCUCGAGAGUAUUAUUGUCCCGAUGAAAGCCAUAUCGGAACUGGUCGGGAACAAACGGCGAUUGAAGGACGCACAUGUAAUAAUACCAAAAGCCUGUGGUUUGUUUGAUAGCAGCUGCUAUGUCAGAUUCAGAGUUCUUUUGCUUGUGGAGUUCAUAUUUGUGUACAUACUGUAAGAUAUAAACAGAGAUAAUAGUUGUGAUGCAGGAACUUAAAUAUAUAAAGCUGGGUUUAUCUAAAUUCAAGUUUUGACAGAGACUCCAGCCUCUGCAAUACAAAUUCUUCAUGGCAAAUGUAAAACAAAUGACGAUCCUUGAUUUUCACUGGUGUUUGGACUGCUAAACUGGUGGAUUUUCACACUUGUGUUUGCUUCUGUUGCCGCUUCCACGUAUGCGAAUAAUGUAUCUACCGCUACAGCAGCAACAACAUGUAUCUUCCACUACUAGCGAAGUACUUGUUUUAUCAAUCCAUUGUUUCUGUGCAUUGGAAAUCUAUGUAGGCUUUUAUUUA